CUCCUCUUCAGGGCUGUAAAUUAAAUAGAAAUCUGAAAAGUUAAAAAAUGCUGCUAUUUGUUGAUAUAGAUGUGCAGCUUGUUACACAAUUUAAAUAUUUUCUUGGCAAAAAAAUGUUAUCUGAACACAAGAUACAGGUAACACUGCCUUCAGUGCCUACCCAAGCAUUUUUGUUUUUGUUUUCUUUGAAAGGCAUGUAUUUCAUGUAGGUUAUUAAACACACACACCAUUUUCAAAGGUUUGCUUUCUGUCAUAGCAUGGAUUGUCCCCCAAAUGCCUGGUUGGUGAGUAGGUGGGAAAUGGAAAUAACAAUGUGAGUUUGCCGUCACACUGAUGCAGAGCCCAAAAGCAACCAACAUUUAAAAUAUGUGUUGGAAAUAGUACACGGUUUGCUUUUACCAAAUUCCAAUCUGUUCUCGAGUGAAGCACUUACGUUUGAAGGGAAAACAUACGAAAAUGUGCGAUCUUAUGCACAUAAAAGAUGUGCUUUGUCACCCUUUGGGCAGCCCAUGUGCUUCAUUGUGCAGUCAGCACAAGGUAAGUCACUGGGUGUAUGCAUGUGGGUGGGUGAAUAAUAUAAUUAUUACAGGACUGAAUUGAAGCAAAGUAUCAAAUAGCAUUAUUACAGAGCAUGCAAAGAUGGGUAUGGAUCAUAAUUAAAACUUAAUAUAGGCCUGGCCCACAGGUUUAUAAUCUAAAAAAGGCAAAAUAGGCAAAAGUGGGGUAUUGGAGGGCAAGGGUAAUACAAAGGAGUAAGAGAAGCUACACUAUUCCUCUAGCAAGUUAUUUCUAUGUUCAAACAUCAUGGACUCAGGCUACAGUUUUGGCUACAGUUCUUGGGGGCAAGGAUUACUCUUGAGCAAGUGUCUAAAUAAUGUCUGCCUCCUUUCUUUUGCCUUCUCUGGGCUUUAGGUGUGAGACUGUUUUCUCAGCCAAAUAAUCAGUACUUUCUCUUUGAGUAAUGCUUCUGUUUUAUGGUGAUACACAUUACAUGUACAAUGAAUGUUUCAGGUGGUGGCCAACCCUUCAUGUGCCCCUGACCCCUGUGUUAUCCUGGCUAGGAGGUUUGAAAAGGGCUUGUUAAUACAGCCACUGGGCAAGAUUCAGCGUCACACUCUUUUAAUCAUUCCAUCUGCACAAGCAUUUCAGUUUUGCCUGAUGGAACAAUCCCUCCCAACCCUUCCAGAGCCCAUUUUGGAGGGGGAGGGGGAGGGGGGCACCCCAUUGCACAAGUGAAAGUCCUUGCACAGGGCUUCUUCCGCUGACGGGUCUAGUUUGGUAAAACCCACCCACUGUACAAGACAAACACAGGAUGUUUGGUGGCAUGGUUGCAAGCCCCCACUACACACACAUGCACAUGUUCUCUCUCUUCUUCCUUCCCCCUUCGACACCUAAAAUGAUAAGACAAAGUGUGGCUUAACAGGACUGCACAGAUGUGUAGCCUCCCAGGAAGAAUCCUGCAGCUGCUAUGCUCUUUUUUUUUUUUACUACUGCAGCAACACUAAUUUGAACUAAUGUGUCAUCUGAAUCGAGUUCAUGGCUAAAUUCUCUUCUUGCCAUCUAUGAGCUGUAGCCAAGAAUAAACCACCAGUCCUAAACCUAGUUUGGCUUACUGUGUUGUAUGAAGCAACUAAAUGUAUUUCCAAGCAAAACAAGUUGCUCACAUUGCUUUUCAGCAAAAGUGCAUGUGUAAUAGCAUCUCAAAAGAUGACUUCCAUGGACCGUUUUACUCCUGCAGUAAUAAGAAUAUUUAUUGUAGACAUGGCAUUUGACCACCAACCAUAUGGCAACCCAUUAACUUUCUAUGUAAAAUAAAACAUGGUUACAGAAACAAACCUACGGACAAAUUAAAUAGUCUUUUGGGCUGGGAUAAAUGCUGGCCUCAACUUUUGUUUUCCACAGUUUUAAAUAUCUAUAGCACAAAGGCCACAAGUUGACAUAUAGAAGCCAGCUGUACUGCAUAUUAUUUUAAAUGACAGCAUGCUAUAAGGGAAGAAGAUAAUAAAUUUCCUCUAGCAAAUGCCAUUACACGGUUUAUCUGCUGUCCAAAUAUAACAGUAGGCACCUGUUUGUCUCUUCCCCCAUCUACAUCAAAGAACUCACUGGCAAGCAGGGCAAGUUACCCUGUGGCUUUUUAAAGCUGCUGUCUGUACAAUCUUGCCUGUAACAAGAGAGCAGCUGUUGAAUGUUUCAGCAUUUUACACCAUGCCUUAGCACAGUUAAUGUUUUAGUUGAGAAACUGAAGGGAAAUAAUAUAAAGCAAAGGGUGCUCAACAGGUGGCCCAAAGACCAUAAUGCUAUUCUCUCUGCUGCUUCAGCUGAUUGGACCCUUCUGAAUUGUUGUUGUUGUUGUUGUUUGUCUCAACAUACAUCACUAUAGUGAUGGUUACCUCUGCUGUUGCUUUGCUGUCCCUUCCAAGUGACUGAUACGUAAACUGUGAAAUGUAUGGCUCACAUGAAUCUUGGCAGUACCAGUGCAGGGCAGUUACAAUGUGGAUGUUUUCAAGUCCCCAAAAUGAGAAGCACCUGUAUCUUCUACAUCCCAGUAUGGUACUCCAGUAUGGUAUGUCUGACACACAGGGGUUGGAGGAAAGUACAGUAAAACAGGAUCCAGUCUUAAGUACAAGUUUGAGAGGACAUCAUUCCUGCCCAUUGGCCAUGCUGGCUGAUGGGAGCUGGGGGUUGAACAGCAUAUGGAGGGCCACAGGUUUUGUACCCCUGCUCUAAGGAUCAUGCCAAAAUUAGUGCACUGUAUUGGUAUAGCACAUUUCUGCUAAAUAUGGCUAAUUAUUCUUACACAUUUCAAAUCAAUUUCAAAAUCAAACAGCAAGACUGAAUAGGGGGCAGAAUCCUCACAGCAGUUUUCAUGUUGUCACACAGCAGUACCUCUUUUCUGAACAUCAAGCUCUUCCUAUCACAAGCUACUUCUUUUUUCAAAGUUGAAAAAGUUUGAAAAGCACCUUGUAGUGCUAUGUGGAGAUGAGCUGCUACCUGAGAAAAAGAAAGUGGUCUUUGCCUUUGAGAUCUUCCAGAUUUCAGGCCCUUGACUUGUGUACAGCCAUAGAACAUGGUUAUGCAAAAUGCAUGAGAAAUGUACUAAACCCUUUCCACUCUGCUUAAGCUCUGUAUAAUGUUGCACAUAUUAUAAGAGCUGGUGAAACUUGUAAAAUCUUAAAUCAACCAGGUGAAACUUGAGGAUAUUUAUAAUACCUGGGUCCCCCCCCCCUGAAAACACAUGCUCUGUACUUUUUUCAGUAGAGAGGCUCUCAGUCCAUCAGAGAGCCAUGAUGUGUUUUUGAGACAAUGUUAGUGAGCACAGCACAGCCCCUUGGUUUAGACUUACUUCCUGGUAAAUUGCAUUGGGUUUCAGCCUUAAUUGCUUUCCUUGCUCUCCACACCUACUCUACAUCUACUUUCCAUAACUAUGCCAUCCCAGUUAUCAUCAUAGCUGUCAAGUUUUCCCUUUUCUCGUGAGGAAGCCUGUUCAGCAUAAGGGAAUUUUCCUUUAAAAAAGGGAGAACUUGACAGCUAUGGUUAUCACCCUCCUCUCCACUACUUACCCUCCUUUGUUAUUUGACUCAUUCUCCAGAACUGCUGUUUUGUGGUUCACCAUAUUUUAACCCAACAGUGUACUUUACUGGUCAGAAAGAAAUUUUAACCCAGAACUGAGAAACGCCUGGCAGGCAGGGGCAGCAACAUUUGCUUUCCCAUUGGCUGAUUCUCACUCAAGCCAAUAUUCAGGGUAAAGGGUGCUGUGAUCCCCCAACAGGAUUUGGCAAAGCCUUACCUUUAGGUGCCUUAGCUACUCCCGUUUGCUAGUAUGUAGAAACUUGUAUGCUGUGAACUGCUCCGAGAUCUUUGAAUGAAGGGCAGUAUACAAAUUUAAGGUAGGUAAGGUAGGUAGGUAGGUAGGUACGCGGGUGGCGCUGUGGUCUAAACCACAGAGUCUAGGGCUUGCCAAUCAGAAGGUCAGCGGUUCGAAUCCCCGUGACAGGGUGAGCUCCCAUUGCUCAAUCCCUGCUGCUGCCCACCUAGCAGUUCAAAAGCACAUCAAGUGCAAGUAGAUAAAUAGGUACCGCUCCGGCGGGAAGGUAAACGGCAUUUCUGUGCGCUGCUCUGGUUUGCCCGAAGCGGCUUAGUCCUGAUGGCCACAUGACCCGGAAGCUGUAUGCCAGCUCCCUUGGCCAAUAAAGCGAGAUGAGCACCACAACCCCAGAGUCGGUCACGACUGGACCUAACAGUCAGGGGUCCCUUUACCUUUACCUAAGGAAGGAAGGAAGGAAGGAAGGAAGGUAAGUAAGUGAAUGAAUGAAUGAAUGAAUGCAUGAAGAUGCAUAAUAAGUGGCAUAAGAGGAAGAAUUUUGUAAUGACACUGAGCAAAAGGGAAUUUUCAUCAUGAGAGAAAGUGGCUGAGGUGCUUGUGGGGAGAAGGUUUUUGGGAUCAAAGGCUCUAUUGAGAACUGAAUGAGAAGCUUUAUUCAUUUUCUACUGAAUAUGAAUAUGGGGGUCUGGGGGCCAAAUGCAGACCUCCAGGCUGCUCUCUGUCUUGGAACUCUCCCCAGGUCACACCUUUCACUGGCUCUGCUAUACACUCCAAACAUGUUUGCCUAGUUUGGAAUGUGUCCUUGAAUUCUGGUAAUACAUCUUGCUUCUCUGAGAGAUGACUGUAAGGAUGGGUGUGUGAGUGUCUAUAGAAACUAGUUCAAACUACGUUUCCCCAUUACAUGCGCAUGUGAAAGACAGGGAAGAAAGAUUAAAUUUACAUCCAUUGCCUCUGUCCUUGCAUGUGGCCCUUGAAAGGUUGCCUGGGAGGGAAUGCAUCCCUUGAACUGAAGAAGGUCCUCCUAGCUCCGUCUUGGUGUGUUCAGCAGCAUCCUAAGAACAGGUUGUGUGCACCUUAUUCAGGUCACAUUUGCAUGGAAAGCUUCUCUGGUUAUGUCCGUGCGAAUGGCAGUGACUGUGGACCCCUCUCUAUGUAUUCAGUCUUCCUUCUCACUGUCCCCUUGUCUGACAUAGAGGAUGGAGUAUGAGCUGAAGAGGAUUAGGAUUUAUUAAAAUGAAGUAAUUGUUCAUGCAAGCAUGGCUGCAGGUAUUUAGGACUGAGGUGGUUUCCUGCUUCACUUUCAGCUCUUUAAAAAAUGCAGGGUAAGAAGCAUGAGCCUUGAGUCAUAGGUUGCCACCUAUGAAAUUUGUACCUGUGAGCACAAGCCUUUGGAUUAAAAAGCAGAAUAGGAUAUAAGUCAGGAAAACCUUUCUUCUCUCAAUGGGACAUUUAGGGAAUGGGGAAUCUAACAAGACUAAAAGUAAUUGUUAAAAUAAACACAUUGUAGAACAAAGGAAAAUAAAAGCUGAUGGAAGAGAAGCACUGCAUUCCUGUUAUUGUGCAUCCCAGAACCACAAGAAGGGAGAGAAAUAUGAUCUGAAAUAAGCUUAAGAGGUUCUGUAAUUAAGCCUGGAUUAGUACAAUAGUAUAAUAUACCUGUUGCCCUUCUGCAAGUAAGUGGCAGACUAGCCUGAGGACGUCUGAAUGGCUCCUGCUUUUAUAUUUGGAAGAUCCUGCUCUUCUAUCAGCAGCCUGGGAAUUGCUUUGCUGUCUCUCUCUGUAUCUCUCAAGUUUUUUUAAAGACAAAAUUUGUUCAAACAUUGCAUCUAAGAAGAUAGACCCUGAAAUGUGUCAAACUGGCAACUUUGGUGCUAAUUCAAUUCCAUCAGUGGAAACAAUCUUAUACGUAUUUAGGAUGGAGACAGCCAAAAGAUUGUGAUUCUUGCCAACUGUUCCUUUUUGUGGCUCCCUUUGUAUAUCUGAUUUGGAUGAUGAUGAGCAUUUUUUGAAAGGGAACAAAUUAAAUCAGUGGCAGACAUCCUGAGAGAGAUGCUGCACUGUGUCCUUUCUUCAUGUUACUUUGCUUAGUGAACCUCGGUAUCAGUGUGGGAAAGACAAAACCUGGGACUUCCUGUAACCCAGUAUUGGGCCACUCAUAAAAGUCAUUUCUUUUGAAAGUGACCUGAAAAGGGAUAGAGGGGAAGCACUACAGCAUUUGUAAUUGCCAACUCAUGUGUAUAAUAAAUCUCAAUUCCUUUUCUCUGUUUAAGAAAUUCCAGCCUCUUCCCUCCUGCUCUUAAGAUUCAGGACUCUUACCAAGUGGUACAUUAGUUGAAGCUCUGUGCCUGCACUCUUUCUGUAUAACAUCCACACUCGUUGGGGCAUUUCUGCUAUAUCCAGCGUAGAACUUUAACCAAUAUAUACAGUAUUUUUUUCACUGAGUAGCCAUCGCCUCUGAACUCCUAAACUAGUUGGUUUUGUUGUUGCUUACUUCAUGUGGAAGAGAUAGGUGGAUGCAGAGCUCUGUUUUCAUGUUUGAGCUUUCCAAACAAAACUUUUCACCAUCUCAGCCUCCCCCAUUUGAACCUUUGAACUCUUUAAGGUUUCAAUUAACAUUAGCAGUUGAAGGCUGAAAUGCGUACAUCUUCUGAUGCUUUUUGCUUGUUAGUCAAGAGGCGGCCUUGACCCCAGACCAAACUUUCCACAUUCAAAGGCUAGAGAAACUGCUGGUGUCCCAGUCAUGCCGAUCUAACACCAGCUUUCAGGCUAAAGAAGCUCGCAAGAACUGAUCCAGUGUCCCAGGAAUGAGCGUUGGCAAAGCAAAUUGACAAUACCAUCCCCCUGCUUCUUGCUUCUAGUAUGUCAUAGACAGAAGGAAGCACUUGACCAUGGGAAAUACAUCUUCAUCUGUCAUGGCUAAAUUCUGCUGAAAUGUACCCUCCGCUAACUUAUUUAAUCUAUUAGAAGCCAUUUGCCUUUUUUGUUUCAACACACUGGGUUGACAUUAUUGGUUGACUUUCUAUUAUGAUCAGUUAAUUCGGUAGCUGCAGCCAACCUAUGAGUGUGCAUUGUGUAGUUAUGAUUGUUUGUCCCUAGCGUGCAUUACUUUGCUCUUACUAGCAGUGAAUUUUAUUUGCUAGUAUAUUUGUUUAUCCAGUCAGUGUGGAGAGAUCCCCUUCUGUCUUUUUUUCAAUGACUGUUUUGAGCUUUGUUAUCAGGGUCAUCUCAACCAUGUCAGGCGCCCGGGCGCUGUGGUGCGGAGAUCGCGCCACGCCCCCGCCCCGCCCCGUUUCUUGUCGCGGCUAGUGGGCGGGCGCAGGGCGCAGCAUGGCUUCCGCACGGCUCUGCUGCGCGACGCCCCCCUGCCAGGCUGGCACCCUGGCGCCCCACACCACCCAGCCUACCCCUAGAGCUGGUCCUGUUUGUUAUUCUGUUUACUUUGGUGAUGCCAGUAAACUAGAAGCUUAUUCAGCCUUAUCUCCAGAUAUUUUAUAAAUCCAUGUAUGAACUUCCAAUAUUUAUUACUUUCAUUAAAAAGAAGCAUCCAUUUAGUCAUGCCUAAUUACUUUUGAAGUUGCACCUUUCAAAUCCAUGACCUUUUAAAAAUGUGAAAUAUUUUGGCAAUAAUGGAUAUAGGUUUUUUUUAACGUAUUCUUUGCUCCAUUACAGAUAUUCCUAUUUAUAAUUAUAUGUACAUAGUGAAAACCUUUCAUUGUUUAAUAUGGCUUUCAACAGGGAAACUGUUGCAGUCUUUCACAGAUGGUUAGCAGUGUAUAUAUAUAGCAUGUAAGUGCUUGUGGAAAUGGUAGUUGUUGUGUUCUCCUUUGUGUUGUACUGGAAUAAAAGUGGGGAACAUUAAGAAGGUGAUGCCUUGAGUGACAGAAAUUUGGCAGCUUGACCUGGAAACCUCACUGAAUUGAAUUUAUUCCUGUUGACUUGUUUGGAGCAAUGACACUGUCGUCCAUUGAAAAUGGUCUCCCAUUGCUUUCCCAUGUGACUUUUUUUGGUUAAAUGAACCCCUGCCACAUUUAGCCUUAGUAAUAUUCUCCAAAAGAUGACUGUGUAAUACCGGUAGAUGGUUCAAUGACUUUUCUGCCAGAAAGAUUGCAUCCACCACUUUUUCUCCUUUUAAGUCAAAGAGAACCAUAUGGCGGUUUUCAUUGGUAAAUUAAACUUGUGCUAAUGGGCAAAGCUACUUCUGGGUCUCUGUGAUGAAUUAAUAGUAAUCUUUAAAACCAAUGAAGGCAAAGCACCUCUUUACACAAUCUGUUACCUUGGCCCAGGGUUAAUGUUUUGAACUCAUUUGAACCUCUGACUUGUUUACAAAUCCAUGGCCGAAUUAGAAGUUGAAAGGAGGUGAAAGGAGAUCCACAACCCCAACCAUAUCUAUGGUCCUUAAUUCACCUUUCUUACAUUACUGUAACGAUCAGCUGAACAGCAGCAAAAUCACCUAUGAAAGGUGAUAUUUAAAAUUCCCUAGAGAAACAUGGUGGCCUUGAAGUUGGUUUAAGAUUCUGACUUGUUCUCAACCCAGUAACUGCAGUUUCUCAGUUUGGAUGAAAUGGGAACUACCAUUUAUAUAUUUUAAGCUGUUGAAAAUUGCAGCAUGGCAAGAAAAGAGGAGGGAAGAAUGUUUAGCAACUUGACGACAAAGUAAUUUUCAGGUGGCAACUUGGGUAACUAAUCUCAUGUAUGUAACAUUAGAUAUGCCUAGGCAGCUUUGAAGUACUGAUGACAUCUCCAUGAAAAUAAGUGGCAGGAAAUGUGUUCUUAGGGACUAGGAAAGGAAGAAGUUCCUCUUAAACGUUUCUAGUCCUAGUGUGGCCUUCAUUGGCUCUGGGGAGCAAAAGCUUUAUAAUGACUAGUGAGCCCAGCAAUGAAGAGAGAGAAAAUGUCCCUGGGUCUUAAUCUGUUACUUUGCAUAUGAAAAGUUAACCCUUUCUGGUCCACACUGAAAAGUAUUGUUGGAAGUUCAAUUUCACUACUCUCGUCCAUUGUUUAUAUAGCAUAAAAUGACUUUUUUAAAAAAAAUAAAGUGAACAGGUGAAUGGCUAAUGAAAGCAUAGAAGUGUGUGUGUGUGUGUGUGUGUGAGAGAGAGAGAGAGAGAGAGAGCUGGAAGGGUAGUACCCUGUUUCUCAUAUUUUAAGACAUACCCAUAAAAUAAACCAUAGCAGGAUUUUUAAGCAUUCAAGGAAUAUAAACCAUACCCCGAAAAUAAGACAUAGUGAUAGGCACAGCAGCAAUACCAGCCGCGGCAGGAGGAGGAAAAAUAUAAGACAUCCCCUGAAAAUAAGCCAUAGUGUGUUUUUUUGAGGAAAAAAUAAAUAUAAGACAUGUCUUAUAAUAUGAGAAACACGGUAGCCUCCAAAGAGGCUCUUUAUGUCCUGAGUGUGACAGAGGCAUGAUAAAUAGGGACUAGAGAGAAAAUCUUCUCUGUGGUCACACCUAAAUUUUGGGACUCUAUACCCUUGGAGAUUUUAUCGGCCGCCUCUUUUAUGGUGUUUCGCCAUGAGGCAAAACCUUUCCUGUUUUAGGUAGCUGUGUGUUUUAUUCGAAGUUUUUUUAAAAAAAAUCUGAUGCCUUACUUUAUCUGCUGUUCUAGUCUAUUUGUGUUAUAUUGUACCUUAUAAAUUUUUAUUGUACUUUAUGGUUGCUUUUGAUUGCUUUCAGCUGCCCAGAGUGGAAUGUAGGCACCAGAUAGAAAUGUUCCUAUAGAUAAAUAAGACCUCUGAAUUGUUUGAUAGUAAAUAAUGUUAUUCCGAAUGAAAAUUAUUGGCCUUAAGAGCUCUUGCGGUUAAAAACAAGCAUAGUUAAAAUUCCUUUUAGUGGAGAGGUAAAAGGGGUGGAGGGGGUGGGGAUGUAUCCCUCUAAGCCUCCAGACAGAGCAGAAUCCUACAGCCUUCCCACAGUCAUGCUCUGGCUGCUUGGGUGCUCUGCAGCUACGGUAGCAGCACAUCCCAAACAGAACCGGACCCCUCUCCUAUUAGUACCCUGCAUGCAUUGUUGUCUCACAAUGAUUGGCUAUUGGACUAGAAACAGCUGUAUCAAGCCUUUGGUUUGCAAAAGAGAUUACAGGCCUUUCUCAUAGAGUCUGAUUGGUUGGCAGUGUGUGCUCUGAGAGAGAGAGAGAGAGAGAGAGAGGGACCAAAGAAGUAGGGUGGUAGUAGUAGUAGUAGUAGUAGUAGUAGCAGCUGCUUCUAGGCAGUUUGAUUACUUUUGUCCUAGAGUUCUUCUCCAGCUGUCAAAUGAAUGGGCUCCCUCCACCAAUCUCUCUCCCCAUGCCACCCCACCCCCGUUCCAACAUCAGUGAUUGUUUGGGCAGGCUAAGAAAUCUAGCAGGCGGGUUUGGUUUCAAAAAACAAAACAAAACAAAAAACAAAGACGUUCCUGUUUUUUCUUUGUAAGAAAAAGAAAAGAGAGGAGGUAGAGGCUGGAUUGUUAUUUAAAAAAUAAAAAAAUACAACUUUGUAUGUAAAUACGCACAAGCUGAUUAUAGGCUGGGGCACAAGCGAAGGUUUGGGUGAGCCCAGGGCUAUUUUACAUGAGAAUGUGCAGCCCGACUGGCUGAGCGCGUCUAACUUAAGGCAGCUCCUUGAUUAGCAUAAGACUGGGUGGCUGCCUUGUUUCCUGCCUUCAAUAGCUAUUCACUGUAGUCGAGGCGGAGAGGAGCAGGGAGGCAAGGCAAGGCAAACGCACCGGAUUUGCAGAAAGCAAAGCGCGUUGGGCUUAAUCUCGCGGUCCGGCUGCCCCCCAAGCCUGGAGGAGCUGGCACGGGUCGACGGGCGCAAACGUAGGCAAGCACAGGCGGUGAUGGGAAAAGAGGAAUAAGCGUGUAUGCGAGAAGGAAGGAAGGAAGGAAGGACGGCAGGCUGCAGGAGCCUGGAAGAGACGGGACUCGGGAGCCCUCGGCCAUGAUGACCAUCUGCAUCGAGCACCAUCGCUGCUGCCUAUCACAGUUGGCCGAGCCUUUCUGUGCUGAAUCGACCUAUUGUUUUGGGACCCCAGAGCUUCCACGCUGCAGAUCGCUUCUCUUCUCCCCCCCUCCCCCUUUUUUCCGGUCGCUCUUCUCCUCCUCCUCCUCCUCCUCCUCCGCCACCGCCACUACCCCCCCGCUUUAGAAGCCACAUAAUUUGCCUCUCCUCCACUUGACUCUGGAAGCUACAAGCCGGGCUUGAGCGCCAAUGAAUUGUAAUGCAUUGUGGGACGUGUGUAAAAGAAUUGGAUUUUUCCAAGGGGGGAAAGGAAAGGACCUGCGGUCUGCUUGAUGGACAAGGUAGUAGCAAAAUGUUGCUUGCAGAGCCGACCCGAGCGGUGCCUGUAAAGAGACGUGUGUAAAACGAGUGCAGCGAGCAAGCUGUGAGGCCUCCUGGCUCAUGCCGCCGCCGCCGCCGCCGCCGCCGCUCGUGGUGGAUUAGACUGCAGGUAGCCUCAAAAUGAAGAAGACGCGAAGUACAACCUUGCGGCGGGCCUGGCCUAGCUCUGAUUUUUCUGAUCGCAUGAGGUCCCGCAGUGAAAAGGACUACCGCCUGCACAAACAUUUCCCCCCAGCUUUCCUUUCCCAGGCUUCACGGGGCUACAUGACAUCUGGUGAUGUAUCGCCCAUCAGUAUGUCUCCCAUCAGUCAAUCACAGUUUAUCCCACUUGGGGAAAUCCUUUGCUUGGCCAUUUCUGCAAUGAACUCAGCACGAAAACAAGUCACGCAAGAAGCGCUAAUGGAACACCUAACAACCUGUUUCCCAGGUGUUCCAACGCCAAGUCCAGAAAUCCUUCGUCAUACCUUAAACAUGCUGGUACGGGAGAGGAAAAUAUACCCAACACCAGAUGGCUACUUCAUUGUGACCCCACAGACUUAUUUUAUAACACCAUCCCUUAUAAGAACUAACAGUAAAUGGUACCAUCUGGAUGAGAGGAUACCUGACAGGUCUCAGUGUACCUCUCCACAGCAAGGAACUAUAACGCCUUCCACCUCGGGCUGCGUCAGAGACCGAACAUUACCCAAAAACCACUGCGACUCCUGCCAUUGUUGUAGAGAAGACAUGCACAGCAUACAUGCCUCCACUCUACAGAGGAAAUCGGCAAAAGACUGCAAGGACUCCUACUGCCCCCCUUCCAUGUGCCAGGUGCCACCCACUGAAAAAAGUAAAAGUACUGUAAAUUUUUCGUAUAAAACAGAGACACUUACAAAGCCUAAGGAUGGAGAAAAGCAGUCUAAGAAAUUUGGGCUAAAAUUGUUUCGACUAAGCUUCAAAAAGGACAAGACAAAACAGCUGGCCAACUUUUCUGCCCAGUUUCCUCCAGAAGAAUGGCCUUUGAGGGAUGAAGAUACCCCUACCACUAUACCGAGGGAGGUAGAGAUGGAGAUUAUUAGGCGUAUUAACCCAGAUCUAACUGUGGAAAAUGUCAUGAGGCACACUGCACUAAUGAAGAAACUUGAAGAAGAAAAAGCUCAACGAAGCAAAGCUGGAUCUUCAGCUCACCAUAGUGGGAGAAGCAAAAAGAGUAGAAGUCAUAGGAAGUCUCAUGGGAAAUCUCGGUCACAUAGCAAAACUUGGGUCUCUAAAGGAGAUCCUUCAGAGGGUUCCCAUUUGGAUGUUCCGGGUGAAAGAGAGUAUGAUUUCUAUGAUCCCCUCACAAGGUCCCCACGGGAAGGCUGUUUCAUAAUAGAACACAAGAGGGACAAUUUUAUUAUGCACAGCAGCCCUAACGUUCUUGAAUCUCACUUUCCUAUGACACCUGAAUGGGAUGUAUCUGGUGAACUAGCCAAAAGGAGAACUGAAAUGCCUUUUCCUGAACCUUCAAGGGGAAGCUCCCAUUCUAAGGUCCAUCGAAGCCACAGCCAUACGCAGGACCGAAGAUCAAGGAAUGAGAGGUCUCAUAAAGCCAAGGAGCGGUCUCGAUCGAUGGAUAACUCCAAAGGACCUCUGGGUGCUCCUUCUUUAGGUACACCUGAAGACAUAGCUGAAGCUUGCAGUCAAGAUGACCAAACAACCAGCCAAACGUACAUUGACGAUAGCACCUUAAGGCCUUCUCAAUCACUCAGUCAUCAAAGGGCUCUUAUGUCAUCUGUAAACUACAAAGAAGUAGUUAAACCUGAAAAGACUGGUGGCAAUUCAGAAACUCCCAUUUCCUGUAGCCUCUUGGAACAAAGCAAGCCAGCCGAGAAUUUGCCCCCGUACAAUGAGCUCAACUCCUGUACAACGAAAUCAGCAAUUGAUGAUUAUUUUCAGUGCAACACUUCUAGUGAAACUGUACUUACUGCUCCUUCACCUUUGGGGAAAAAUAAAGAAGACCACGACACAGUGAUUUUGACAGAAAGCAUUAAAAAAGUGUCUCCCUCGGAAAGGCAGUCUCAGCACAUAGCCAGAGAGUCUGGGGUGCACAAAGAGGAGUCGCCUAAAGGGCCAAACAGCAGUGGUGGACCAGUUGCAACUAGCCAAACCCCCGAAGUGAUUGCAAAUGGCCGACUGGUUCAACACCACAACACGGAAUCUAGUAGCCUUGAUAAGAGGAAAGAAAUAUUUAGUAAAGACACACUUUUUAAGCCUCUCCACAGUACUCUGUCUGUGAACAGUUUUCACAAGCCUGGUGUGCCACUACUAAAACCUCAUCAAAAGACACCUUCUGAUGCAUUGCCAGGCAGAUGCGACAAACUCGAGCAAGCUAUGGUAACCUCAGUAACACAAGUCAUACCUGUUUCACAGAGACAGCAAGAAACAGCCGGGAACCAAGAGGCAUCCUUUGACUAUUACAACGUAUCGGAUGAUGACGAUUCUGACGAAGGGACCAAUAAGAACGCUGAAGAAGAAAAGAACCGGGAUGAUGUGGGCACUAUGCAGUGGCUUCUUGAGCGGGAAAAAGAAAGAGACCUGCAAAGGAAGUUUGAGAAGAAUCUGACCCUCCUUGCUCCAAAGGAAACGGAAAACAGCAACAACCAGAGAGCCACACAUUCAGCAAGACUGGACAGCAUGGACAGCAGCAGCAUCACCGUCGAUAGUGGGUUCAAUUCGCCACGUACUCGUGAGAGCUUAGCUUCCAACACGUCAAGCAUUGUUGAAAGCAACAGGCGCCAGAACCCAGCUCUCAGUCCUGCACAUGGUGGUGCAGGUCCAGUGUUCAGCUUCCGUGCAACUGCUGACCCGCCAACAAGCGAAAAUGAAAAACUGCAGAAACCUGCUAAUUGCCUGCAAGCUUCUGUUACAAGUGUUUGAUAGUGCUUCUGCCUCAGAUCUUCUGUCUCAUCCUAUACAGCAAAGUUUACGACACUGGGACUGAUGUUUACGUCUUUUGGAGGGGGGGGGGAAACCAGGCAUCUCAACCGCACAGUUUUUGUGUCUACCUAAACUGUGUUGCUACAUAGGCUAGGGACAACAAAGAAAUCUUUAUUUCAAGGUAUUGCUUUUCACAUUUUGCGGCUCUGUAGCAAGAGAAUAGCAGUAGGGAUAAUAUGUACACUUUUGCUUCACUUAAUCGUAACUGAGCACAUAUAUGAAAGUCUAGACACUGUAAGUGUAACCUGCAUUUUCAAUGUCAUGCAGUUGCCAACUUCAUUUUAAAAUGCCACAGAUAUGUGAUGCCCCCUACCACUGGUUAAACUAUUUGCCACAGAGAUGGUUCUUUUCCUUUAUAAACUGAGCCUUCGUUGAAAGUAAACAACUAAGGGUCACCUUGAGGGAAAACAAUGCGAAAUGAGUCUAGGAAAGACCUCAGCUCUACCUGUGAAUUAUUUAUACAUCUGUCAUUUUCACUGUGAGUCUUCAUGACAUGAUCUUACAAGAAUCCAUAGCAAACGUAAGUCAAAAGAGGUCGCGUUUUGGGGAAGAGGUGGGAAAUAAUGGAGAUGUUAUCUAUUUUUACUUUUAUUUUUUUAAAGUAUGAGAUGUUUACCUAAAACUUAAUUCUUAAUUUCCCCUAGUUGAAAGCAGGGAUAUAAGACUUUGAAUUGAAGGUGAGGAAGGAGAGACCUAACUUUGAUUGAGGCACAUCACUAAGUGAUAGAAGAGGUAACAGGUGUUUUUGGUUUUUAAAAAUAUAAAAGGCAAGUAAAGUGAUCACUUUUUAAAUGUGUCACUCCAGUUGUUACCCCAAAUUAUUAUUAUUAUUAUCAAAGUAAUUUGUUAAGAAGAAGAAGAAGAAGAAGAAGAAGAAGAAGAAGAAGAAGAAGAAGAAGAAGAAGAAAGCUCUUUGUGAUACAAAUGAUGAAUUAUGGCCUGAAGGGUUGAUUUCUUUCUAUGGAAGGACAUAUUAUAUUUUUAUUUUAUGUAGCUUUUAGAGUGCCUAAAUUAGGCUAUUGAAACUAGCAUACACUGUAGAGAAAAGAUUUAGAGACUUAAUAAACUUCAGGCCUUUUAUUGAAUUACAUUUCUUUGUGAGGAAACAUUGUAUGGAAAUACUUAGUUUAAAAAUAAUCAUGAGUUUUAAAUGUGUCCAGGUGGAUCACUGAUGAAGAGAGAGAUUAUUUGUUUGAUCCGAGAAAAUGAGAUAUUCAUUGAUGUACUCAAAAGUUUGCUAAGUUUUUCAUCAACAAAGGUUAGUUCAAUAAAAGACAUCGUGUUACCUCUUUUGUGAGUCUCACAAAGUUGAUAGCAGAAGUUCUGUAUCCACAGGUUUAUUAUAUCUAAUGUGUAUGUCCUGAAAUUGCUAAUCCAAAGUAAUCUAUUUUUAAAGAAAAGUAUUCUAGAUUAAUGUUUAGAGAGAUCUGCAAUUUCAAGAGUAAACUUGAAAAGUAUAAAGGGCCAAAUUCUGCUGUCUGUUAUUUAUGCAACCCAGUACUGCAUAAAUUUUGUUUUCAAACAAUCAUAAUGGUGGUACAAGUAGAAUAAUAAAACACAAUAAGAAAGAUCAGAAGCAGUGUAAAUUGUUGUAUGGAUUGACAUUUACACUAUCUGUCUUUUGUUGAUAUCCAGGUGAUAUAACCAAGCAUACCAUUAAAGACGGUAUUUUCAUCAGGUACUGGUGAUGAUUUGUAUAACCUGUUCAAGCUUCACUUGUGUUCUGUGUUGUCUUCUGAAAGUGCACUCUUACCUUAAACAGUUUUAAACAGCUUUCAGGUGCUUAUUAAAUAGCUUUACAAACACUAGGCACAAUUGGUUUCAGUUUACACCGGGGUAAAUCAGUCCAUUGCAAAUCCAGGGCACUCUGGUACAUAUGCAGGGACUCAGAUGUGUGUUUAGUACCAAACAAACUGGAGCUCUUCCUUUAACUUUAGCGUUAGGAAAUGCUCCAUACAUGAAAUCCCAUUGUGCACACUGAGCCUUCUGGGUCCUGUGAAGCUUUGAGUUGUAGCCCUGCUAUCUGGAACAACCAGUGAAGAAUCAGGCCUAGAUACUUGCUUUAUUAUCAUAUAUAUAUAUUUGCUACAAGUAGUGAGAUGGCUCAGUGCAUAUAAUGGAGAUUAUUAUGCUGCUUGGUUGGUUAGUUACUUGGCCUCCUGCCUUAUAAAUACCUUUGAAACUAUGGUAUAAUAACCUAGAAAUGCAUUGCCUGACAAAUCUCAUUCCUUACAUAGGUAACUCUGGGAAUAUUUAAUACAUGCAGGUUCCAGAGUUAUUACGUUUUGGGGAGGAAAUUGCUAUAAUGCUAUACAGUAGCAAUGUAUGGGUUGUUGUUUUUUAAGACAUGCUCUGAUAUUUAUAGUAUGCAUCAAUUCACUACAAUUGCUGGAAUGAUAUCAGAAUUCAUAACUGAAAGUAAAAAUUAAAAUGCGGUAUAAAAAUGUGAAUGAGGAAGAUAUUACCAUGUAUGGGAAAUAUGCUUCCAUUAGUUAAGAUUAUUGAAAUGGAUACAUUAAGCAGUUAUACAAAAGACAUCAUUCCAGUGUUUUAACAAUAAAUUCUCCCUCGGCUGACAUUUAAAGGUCCCCAAAGAUGAGCUUUUAAAAGGUUCUGUUAAUAUUGGCAUGGCUAUUGGCCAAUAAUAUGUUUGUGGCAUUUUAUUAGCAUUAAUGUGAAUCUCGGAACAUGUUAUAUAAAUGAAACUUACAAAAAGAAACAUUAUUAAUGUGCAUUCUUUUAAAAAAGAAAUAUAAAGAAAGUCCAUUUUGAGAUUAUAGACAUAUACUCACAGGAGUGGAGCUUGAGUGUUUUCAUCACUGUUAUCCUGUGAUGAAAUCAUGAUGACCUUAUAUUGCAUGGUUGAUCAUCUAUCAUCCUUCUAAUGUAUCAACUUAAAGGUUUACAGAACCAGAAUGCGUUGAAUCUCUAUGUUGUGUUCAACUUUAAAGGGUCAACACAAAUCUGUCGGCAUUUUGCACACUUGAUAUGUAUUAUUAUAAUACAACAUGUUACUUUUAUGGUAAAAUUCUUUUUUACACAUAUAACUACCUCCAUGAAUUUGAUGAAAUGCAGCAACAUGUCUUUUUUUAAAAAAGGGUAUUGUUAAGAGCGACGUUUAAACUUUAUGAAGAAAUAGGCCAUGACGUUCUCUUGUGUGUCGAUGCUUGCAUAUGAAGUCAUUUUUCAUUGCCAUGAUUUCCUGUUACUGUAUUCAAUUGGCUUUUGGCUUUAGUAGUACGAGAUUUUAUACAAGGGUCAUAGAAUCUUUUAGAUAAACAAAGGGGGGGGGCCUCAAAUUUGUCCUUUGUCUUUCCAUUUCUGCUGAAGUUUCUACCUGGUAGAAAGUCUAGUGUUGCUUGUACUUUAGAAGCCUGUUAAAUAUAUACAGUAUAUGGAAUAUGAUUGGCAGUUUGCGGCUUAGCAGAAGACACACCGGGUACUUUACUGCCUCCAUUUAAACUCUUUGGGCCCUAUUCUGCCUUCAUUUAUGGCAACAUAUCAUGCCAGAGUUUAGCUUAAAUCUUUGCAUUAUCUGCCUCCCAAGUGGGCCGCUGGCGUAAUACGCUCUCAGUUUUCUCAAUCAUGUGCAUCUUGGGGGUUGAAUUCUAUAGAGCCCAAUAUUUUUCACAAUGAGAUAAAUAGUCUGAGAUUCUGAUAUUAGUGUUAAUAAUAACAGAACCACCAAAUAAGCCGUAGGAGUGUUUUUCCUUUAAACAUACAGUAAAAAGAGCGAGGAACAGUUAAAGUAUCUUCAGAAGCAUCUUUUGCGAGGUAAGCGCAUUGAGUGGCAGCUUCCCUUCAAAGCUAUGAUUUCUCUAUAAAUAUGCUAGAUAUAUUUUUAGGGAGUUGUUCAGCUAAAUCCAUGCCAUUAUCACUCACACAGAAAUCCAAAACAAGAUUGGAGGAGCAUAUUGUUAGAACCUUUUAACACCGUUAAAAUAAUACUGGCUUUAUUGUAGUCAGGGCUGUGAAUGUUCUGUACCUGGGGAAAAAAUCCCAAUUCUACAGCAAAGUAAUCCAGAUUCUGUACCAAGAAGAGCCAUCUCCUGAGAAAUAAAUAUGUUUUCCCUGCAUCCGCUACCCAUAGAAGAAGGAGAGGGAGGGAGAGACACAUAGGAUUGAAGCCACACACAUCCCAACCACUGGUAGUCGUGUGCAGAGCCAUUCUAAAAAAUUUAGAUUUCCCGUGUGUAUUUUUGAACCUCUGUUUGCAGAGAUUCAUAGGAUGCUGACUCUCAUGCAGCACCCAGAUUCCAGUCCACACGUGCGGUACUGUCAUGGACACACAGAAUAAAUAUAGUCCUGAUUCUAAUAGGCAGAUUAGCACAAAUAGCUGUGUGGUUUAAAAGCAUUCUUGCCUUCAGUAAAUCACCAGCCAUGUCUGUCAAUCGGAAGAAGUAGCAAUUAUUUCCCUCCCCGCUUUCUUGGUGGGGCGGCGGCAAAUUUUUGCUCUAAAGAGCUGUUCAUUAAAGAUUGGGAAUGCACUGAUACUGUACUUUUUCCUGAGAAUCUCAAGCAUUUUGCAAACUUAACUAGUAGAAAUAAACUCCAUUGCAGUCAGUUUCCAAGUCAAUGUAGCCAAGUUCCAAACCCUCUCAAAUACAGGGUUUCCCUCAUCCUGCUUGUUUGACUGCCUAGUAACAAUGAACAUUUGUUUAAUAUUUAAAAUUAAGUUCAGAGUUAACAUUACAAAGUUAGUUUUUAAGCUGUCUAAGAAAAGAAACCGUUUUGGAACCUUGAAGUGGCCCUUACUACAGUGCCAAAAUGUUUUAUCUUCCAGCAACAUAGCCAUUCUCACUAGUGAAAAAGAACUAAAAUUACUACACACAAGAGAAAUACUAAAAUGCAUAUUUUGAACAAGCCUUUUCCAAAUGUGAAAUCGCUGUGUUCAGUAAAUUAGAGACUGCUGUAGUUUAUAUUCCUCUCUGCUCCUCAAAGAAUAUUUCCAACUAAUUUCGUUAACUUAAAUAAAUCACUUUUAAGUUAUAAUCUUAAAGAUAAUCAUCCCAAUCUACAGUAGUUCAUUUGAUUUAUACCCCUCUGCUUCCAAAAUGUAACACUCCUCUUUACCCAUUAGACAAUCAAGGCAUGCUUUCUUUUGCCUAACAGGUGACCAUCGCAGCAUCCACUUUGAGAGAGAGAGAGGUUUCUCCUCUCUGUCUUUUGAGCUUGCUCUGCUGGGUUUGGGCAAUGGAAUGAAAUAAAAGUAUAAUGAGAUGUCACAGCCAUGUUAGUCUUUUGCAAGUGAAGAGUGUUCUGGUACCUUAAAGACUAAUAAAUGUAUUGUGGCAUCAGCUUUCGUGGCCCACAGUCCACUUCAUGCACAUUCCACAGAGCAGUUGUUAGUCUUUAAGGAGCCACAACACUGUUUUGUUUUCAUUCUAGUUCCACCUUCGCUUUCAUUCGUGUGAAAUUAGCAGAAAAUACGUAAGCCUCUGUGCUUUGAAUCCGUUUCAGUAUUUCAGUUUUAAGAACAUGUCAUGAAAAUGGUCCCAGAUCAGCCCAAAGGGGUGUGAGCAUGGAGGUGUUUUGUGACAUGUAUUCACAAAAUAUAGCAUGAGAGGGAUGGAUUGUCUGUUAAACUAAAUGUGUAGUACAGCAGGCCUGUCGCUCACAAUAUUACAGUCUGCCUUGGAUCUGCAAGGACAUGGGGCUCAAAUCUAAAGUGCCUGAUAGACUCAGUACAUGACUGCUGGUCCAUCAUCGUUCGGUUGGGGGUGAGUUAGUUGGCUUGUUAUGGCCACAGCCCAAGUGGGACUAUGAUGGAAGCAUUUGUAAGUAUCCCAUAGUUAAUAGAAAAUACAGUGACAGUUCCAGCAUCAUGUGACUGAGAGGCAGAGGCCGUGUUAACCACUUUAGAAAAGUUUAAAAUAACAGUAGCCUAUGCAGCCUAUACAGUUAGUGGACAAGAAUAGUUAAUGAUGAGAGAGAAGUUGUUUUGGUCCAUCUAGCAGUGGCAGAAGCAAAGUACUUCUGUUGGGAGAUGGUUCCCAGGUCACAGCUUAUCAUAGAGCCAUUGUGUAUCAUAUUCUGCAGCUGCCAGACUCCUAUCAUGCCAAGUAUAUGAUGCAUAAACACAAACUCACCAGAGUGCCUCCACUUUGAGUUGUUCUGCAUCAUAAAAAGUACCCUAAGAAACAUUAAGUAAACUUUUCUUUUCUCAUUGACAAACUCUCUCACAUACCCCUUGAUGCUAUUCCAUAAUGAUUCGCAACAAUACUGUGAUUAGAGGUUAUAGACAGCUUAAAAUAUAUCAGACACCCACCUGUGAGCAUGAAUGAUAGGGCCCUUUGAAUAAUUGGCACAGAUGUUAACUUCUAUAUGAACAGGAGACUUGGAUUAAAGGGAUCAUAAUUCUGCAGGUAACCUGUGAGUGACUGAAUGUGGUUGUUGCUUUAGGUUUAAAUGAGUUAAUAAAUGCAAGUGGGACUUACUGUAUGCUAGAAGGGAGUUUUGCAACCAAGACUGCCUUGUAUAAAUGUGUUUGCACUGAAAAAAAAUUAAAAUUACUUGGUCUCUGGUUGCUGUAAAGGUCAUCCGAACUGGAUGUUCUGUUUAUAUUGUAUAGUAUUUCAUAUGAAAUAAUACAGUUCAUGAAAUGUCUUCCCUUAACGUUACUGAUUUAUAACAGCACAUUUGUGACAUGGUUUUUAUUGUGUCAGUGUACCAUAUUGUAAAUGAUGAUAACUUGUCAUGCUUAGUAUAAUAACUUAAAAGGAAAAAAAAGGACAGGGAUUUUUGUAAGUCUAUAUUUGAAAGUCCCUCCAUAUGGUAAUAUUGUGUUCAUGUUGUUUAUGUAGUGUUGUGUGAAAUAUCCAUUUUGGAUUGUGUUACUUUUUAAAAUAUUAAAUAACAUUUGGUUAUAUGUUACGUUUUCAAGUCUUUUUUAUUUUAUUUUGCAAAUGCCACUGAUGUGAGGAAAACGUGUAUGCUAGUUGCGUUUUGUGUUUUCAGUCCAUUUUAUCAUGUUCAUGUUAUACUUUUUCUGUGUUAGAAACUAAAAUGUUUUUUGAGCAUAUGAAGCUGCCUUAUAACAUCCAAUCACUGAGCCAUCCGAACAUCCACGAGUAUGCUCGGGGGAUAGUUGAGGCUUGUGGGGUAAGAUUACCUCCUUAGAAUUUUACUUUCACUUCUGCAAACCUUGGUGUCCCAUCCCACCCCCACCCCCCAGCAUGCUGAUACACCCCACUUUUGUUUCUUCUUGGACCGAUUUUGACUUCCAUGUAGCUAGUACUCCUCAACAGAGUUCAUCAUUAGAAGGAGUGAUCAGUUAAAUUUUGCUUACCACCACACACCCUUAGAAGGCUAACAGAGUCAUAGAGUUGUAUUAUACCUCAAAGGUCAAUUAGUCCAAUCUCCUGCUGAUGGAAUAAAUAAAGCAUUCCUAAUAGGUGGCCAUUUAGCCUCUGCUGAGAUACCUCGAACAAUAAUAUAUUCAGGGAAUUUCCUUUGGGGGGGAAUACAAAUAAAUAUUUAGAAAAUGUUUGGUUUAAGAGAAGAGGUAAACUUACAAAUGAACUUGCAUACGAGAAGCUUGGAAAUUGGUUAUAGGCUUAACUAAUAACCAGUACACAAAUAUUGUUUGUUUAUAUCUUGUCUUUGAGGAUGCAAAUUCUAACCAAGGUGACUUACAAGUAAAAUGAAAACAACAAUAAUAAAUUCACAAGACAGUAUUAUUGCAUACAUCAGGACUGUUCCCACAUGGCAGUUGGUGACAUGAAAUUGGGUACCUUGAACCGACUCUGAGGGUUUUUGUUUUUGUUUAUAUAUUCUGCAGUUAUAUAUUACGCUUGAUUCCAACUUCGCCUCCAUAACCCCAGAGUUUCCCCCAGGCCUUCCAACCCAUAUCCUAUGCGGGCUGAGGAAACACUGAAAUUUGGGCAUGUGCUUUAUAUAUUUUUAAAUCUUAGUUCGAUAACAAACCUCUUUUAUAGCUUAUCUUAAGCUGCAGAGCACAUUAUCUGGGGUAGAUGUAAAAAAGAUUUGAAAUUACUGUUAUUCUAGAAUAUAGACUGAGAACUUAAACUCAAUGAUGUGUUUGUUUUUCUAUCUCCCUUUGGAGAGAUUCUGUUCUGUUCCCUUUUUCUUUUGCGUUGACUUAACAGGCUGCUUCCAGUAAUGAAAAAAUAUUGGACUGGGAUGGAAUGUGAUCCACUCAGCACACCUGGCAGCUGAUGCUGUGAUUCAUUUGAACCCAGUCUUUGUCAGUAAGUAAAAUCUCGCAAUGUGCUUGGAUGGAUGGAUGACUUAGUAUCGAAUUGGACCCUGCUGUUGUAGGUACUGGGUGCACCUGACACAACUUUCUAUAUUUACAGGAAUUAACCUUUGUGACCUAUAACUUGUAGAACAAAAACAGUGACACUAUUUUCACUGUAUAUACAGACACCAUUUUGUGAUGAGCUUACUCUGUUUAUCUUCAGAUAUUUGCAGGUAAGGAAUCCCUUUCCCUCAAGUAUGUGAUAUAUUUACCGUAUGGUGCUACAAAAUAUCAAAAAACAAAAAUCCUGUUUAUCAUUAAUAACAACAUGUUUUAGCUUGGGGUUUUAUAAAAUAUCAUUAUAGAGCAGAAUGUUUUCCCGAACUUGUUUAUUUCCCUUAUGGGUGACUUAUCUCAUUACCGGUAGCUUUAGUUCAGUCAUGUAUUUUUUCAUCUCAUAUUUCAUGCCAUGAAGAUGUGGCUUAUGUUAAAUCACUUCAUUGAGUUAUUCUAGCUCUGUGUUGCCCAAACACAUAAUCUAUUCAAUGAGAGACAACUAAUGCCCUUGUCAGCGCAAGGUUUGUUAUGACUCCUUUUGUAAACUCUGGGGGGUCCCAUAUGGAUGUAGGCUAGGAGCCAUUUUGGAGAGCUACCACCAUGCAGCUCUUAGGGCUGCCCUUCUACCUUCCUCUGCUAACUGCCACGAUAGAACAGUCUUGCCCUAAGGGAAACAGGGAAGAAGUAGAUAAGCAUCUUCAAAACAAAAACAGUUGCUUUUUCUGUUUGAUUGGUGCUUACUGUUUUUAUAAUUUUUUUGUAAAUUGCUUUGUGAGGUGGACCUGAAAAGUGCUGUAAGGGAGGAGAACAGCAGGGAGGGGCAGCGGGAACCUCAGCGGUAUGAAGGAAAAUAUUGGUUUUUAGCUACAUUGGUAAAAUUAGGUGGGAAAUGAUCUUACCUCAAAAGUUGCAAAGAGGGAAGCUGAGGAAAAUGCAUUCAAAGUGAGCAUUUCACUCACCUUCCUUCGACACUGGGGAGCUGGAGGACAGUUGAGAGUGACAGAAAAACUGAAAAAACCUUACCUAAAACAGACCAGUAUCCUGGACAGAGGGGAACAUGUUCCAAAGGGAUAAACAGUAGACAAUGGUCCAUAAAAGAACAAAAAAGUUACGUUAAAAGAGCAACAAUUUAAAGUUUGAAUAAAUGUGGGAACUUAACCAAUAAGGGAUGACAGAUGUGUGUGUGAGGGGGGAAAUUAUGUGAGUGAAAGUGUGUUGAGAGCAGUGUGUCUAAAGAAAAGGAAGAGCUAGUAAUUUAGAAAGUUAGAAGAAUAAACUCAGUGAAAGAACACAUUCUGCAGUUCUAUGGUUCUGUGUAUUGAAAGUAUGUUCACAUAUUUCCUUCACAAAGGCCCUUCCACAUUUCCAAUAACAUUUGAGUGCCAUAUGUAUACUCAUACAUGAAUCAUAGAAUCAUAGAGUUGGAAAAGACUACAAGGGCCAUCCAGUCCAACCCCCUGCCAAGCAGGAAACACCAUCAAAGCAUUCCUUGACAUAUGGCUGUUGAGCCUCUGCUUAAAGACCUCCAAAGAAGGAGACUCCACCACACUCCUUGGUAGCAAAUUCCACUGCCAAACAGCUCUUACUGUCAGGAAGUUCUUCCUAAUGUUUAGGUGAAAUCUUCUUUCUUGUAGUUUGAAUCCAUUGCUCCGUGUCCGCUUCUCUGGAGCAGCAGAAAACAACCUUUCUCCCUCCUCUAUAUGACAUCCUUUUAUAUAUUUGAACAUGGCUAUCAUAUCACCCCUCAACCUUCUCUUCUCCAGGCUAAACGUACCCAGCUCCCACAUGAGUUUACCCUGUGCAUACUCGUGUUUAUACCAGGUCCAGUAAACAUUAUGCACCCAUUUCUUCUUAACAGUGAAUAGAUGCCUUAGUUGAGCCUAGACAUGUAGGCCCCAUUUUCACAUUCAAGAGAAGAUUGCUUAAGCCCAAGGCUCACACAUAUGCUCUGCAAUUUGUGCAGCCUAACAUGUUGAGGCAAUGUGUGAACCAGUCCCAAAUUAAUCACAAUAUGCAUUAAAUAUA